AUGACAAUGACAAUUGUGAUUUAUCAAAGACAGAUAAAUCAUCCAUAUGCACUUGCUGAUACAACAAUUAAUAUUAAAAAUAAAAUAACCAUUUGUCAUGAUAUUAAACUUGAUAUAACUGAUGCAAUAUCAUUAUUUAAAUUAAGUAUAACUGAGUUAAAAUUGUUUCGUCAAACACAUGAGAAAGAUAAGCUGUUACUUGAUCAAUAUCCAAAUAGAAUUGAAUAUUUAGCUCAUAGUCUUGAUCAAAGUGUUAGCCAAGUUUGUUCAUACUUGUCAACUUGUCCAAGUAUUUUAAAUAUAACUUUUCAAAAGAUUAAAGAAACUACUGAAUUUUUAUUGGAAGUUGGAGUUACGGGUGAACAUAUAUUAUGUGAUUUGCAUGUUUAUAAAUUUUCACACAAAACUGUACGUACAAGAGUUAACAGAGCUAUCAAAGCACAAAUAAAUCCAAUAAAACCAUGGGUUGUACGAUGUCCACUUAGUAUUAUUGUCAAUGCUGAAAAUAAACUUGCUAAACGUAAACUUUUAUUGGAUGGUGCUGAUAGUCUUGAAGUCUACAUAAGUAAUAUAAUGAAUUGUUCAAUUGAAUCUUCUGAAGCUUUUUUAAAACGUGGUAUAAAAAUUGACAAAAUAUCAUUACCAGAUUUAACUAAAAAAUUAAAAUUUUUACGUGAUAAAGGAUAUACUAUUGAAGAUAUUUAUCGUCUACCAUCUUGUCUUCAUGCAAGUUAUAAUACACUUGUACAAAAAUAUGAUUUAUGGAUUAAAAUGGACUUGAAAAUGAACUUAAAAAUAAAAUGA